UGCUCAUCUACUCAUAAUGCACUAUCUGCUUGCUUUUUCGGUCGACGUGCCAAUCAUAGCGCGAUAGGAGCCUAUAGUAGCAACGAGGACGAGACUUCGGAACCUCGCGGCGGGCGCAACUGCUGCCAUCUGGCGCGCUCGGGGAACCAAGCCCGCAAAUUGCUUUUCUCUCCCCGCCGCCAUCUCCUUCGUCUGCUCGCUCGAGGGACCCCGUGCUCUCGUGGAUGGCAUGCACCCCGACGCCGACGUUGACCGAAUAUGAGCUGCUGACGACAAGUAGCGUCACGACGACGUUUUCCGAGAGCCUCACCACGGAUCCUCCGGAUGUAACGACAAUCUCCUCCACAUCCUGCCUCGUAUCCUCGGUCAACUCUGCAAAUGGCACGACAUGCCUUUCCUCGACGACGGUGGAGAUCGUGAGCACAGUUGAUGUGUGCGCUCGAUGGGGGCAGUGAGCCGAAAUCUGACGCCUGUACUUCCACCACAGAGGGCGAAGUGAACACCAUCCAGGUCCCGAUAGUGCUCACCAUCCCCAUCACCCAAUCCCUACCCACCGCAACUCUUUUCUCCUCUUGCGCUACCGUCGGCGACGAUGGUUCGUCCAAUCCUCCGCCGACUCCACCGUCUCCGCCUCCACCGCCGCCUUCGUCUUCGUCCCCCGCCUCUCAACCGACGUACCCAACCGGCCCCGUAGUAGUCAGCUUAUCGACGCCUCCACCUACUGUUAUCGUCUCUGCGGUCUCUUCCACUCUUUUGGACGGGUCUGUUUUUGUGACAUACAUGACUUCGACGUCGACUCUACCUGCCACUCCUGUAUUCCUUCCCACCACGCUGGUGGGAGACGAUGGCCAUAAUCAUCCGCAGAGCGUCUCAACAGACGAUGUUGGCCCUAUCGUCGGGGGUGUGCUAGGAGGGUUCUUUGGGCUGAUAGGCAUAGUUGCGCUUAUGUGGUUCUUCUGGCGCAAGCGAGAAAGCUGGCGAGAGCGCUAUGCUGGUCCUCAAAUGCGCGAGAACGAGUCUGCUGUAUACUCUCCGCGCCCACGCUACACCAAAGGUUCGCCGCCGCCCCCUGGUCUGGAGCCGAAACCAUAUCAGUAUGGCCUUGUUGGCCGGCCGUCGUCCACUCCCUCUUACUGCUCAUCUCCCGGGGCCUCCCCUCCUCCCACCCGCCCACAAUCGUUUUCCGCAUUCUCUGCAAUGACCGCAUACACCGCGCCCCUACCAUCCCCGAACCAAAACACAUCCACUCCCAACCUGCUACGCACGACCUCUCCCGUGUCCCCAACGGUGCGGCCCAUAACGCCCAUGACGCCGCUCACGCCCGCCUACCUCGGUGCGCACCGCCCGUCGGGCUCCGAGGCGUCCGUUGGCACUGCGGUGAGUUACCCGUUCCCAGUAUUGCCCCCCACCCCACGCGAGGAGCGCGCGUCGCGGGACUCAUUUGGCGACGCCGCCGCUGCCGGCGAGGGCGAGAGCGUUUCGGAGCGGAGGCCGACACGCCUGUCGCUCACGCUCGCGAACUGGAACCCGGAGACGGACGGGGAGCUGUUCCCGCGCGCGAGCUCGGACGACGGGCGGCCGGGCAGCACGCUUGGGCGUGAUGAGGGCCGCCGAUCGGGAUAAUGUUGUCUCGUGUGGGGUUUACUACAUGUACGCUUGGGAGCCGCCAUGUGCCGUCCAUUCGUUCUGUCUUCCAUACACGAGUUGGGUUUUGUGGACGCCUUGCCGCUUGGUGUUUCUGAUAUGUUCGGACUGGUCCAACCUUCUUCGCUGCCUGUUACGGACUCGCAUUCAUGCCGCUAACCUCGUACUGGGAAUUCCAUCGAGUUGUAUGAGCAUAUUACGCGUUGCGGUCGUUGGUGUUUCUAUACGAGUCCUUGCCGUCU